AUGACGUCCAAGCAACGUCCUUCCGUCCUGGUUACGGACGCGAGACAAAGGCCAUCUCAGAGAAAGGCUCUUCAACGACAGGAUACCGCCCAAGGCGCCCCUGGUUCGCACGCGCCAAUGCGAUUCAUGACCGUGGAUAAUGUUCUUCAGUACAAUUCGCAGAUCCCAUCAGGCCAGCCACGCGGUCCCCCUCUACCAUCCGCUCCCCCGGGACGCCAUCCAGGCCCUUCAGGUAGUGCGCUUAGUCGCCGGGUCUCUUCUGGCGGUCUACCGAAUGCCCAAUCUCGUACUGGCCAGCAAAUACCUUCCAGAACGACCAAGAUAAGCGAGAAACUGGUCCUCCUUCCGGAAACAGACGACAAUGACGACGACGUCGAUGAGGAAAUUGAGAGCGAAUCGGUACUCGCGCGGCUCGUACACAAUGACGAGAAUCGCCCGCUUAAAGAUGAAGAGCUGGAUGUUCUUAAGAAACGGGGUGGAAUUCGCGGCAAGAGUUUUGCUGAGAGGCUGUCCAAGAUGCAAAGAACAGAUAAGGUCAGCAGAUUGACAGCCUACUGCACUGCGCAGGCCUACAAGAUCAAACCUACUGCCGAGUUCCUGCGAGAGAGACAUGAGGCCAAGACGAAGAUCUACGACGAUUGUCUCUACGUCAUUUAUGCCCUGCCGUUGCUCAACGGGACCGAUGGCUACCGUGUACGAAGUCGACCUAUUCUAAAGACCCCCGGAACCGGCAAGACGGUGCUCGAUCUAGAGAUUGAGCGUAGCGAGCAACGCGACCACCACGAGGGAUACUUUGAGGACGAUGCGUACGAGCAUCCUAGCCCUGACCGUGGCCAUGAAAUGCCAUCACACUUUACCGAACGUCCAUCGACUCCCGAACGCAGCAACCCCUUCCGCCAUGACGAUGACGACACCUCAAUGAAUCGCCUUGCUCCUGACGCAAAGAAAUUCGCGGAGAUGUUCGUCUACUCAUACGGAGUAGUUGUCUUCUGGAACUUCACCGAGAAUCAAGAGAAGGAUAUCCUUGCCGAUAUGACUUUUGCCGAUGCUGAUGCCGAAGAGAACGGUGCCACUAGCCUUCUCACUCGACCUCUCGACCAGGAAGACUACGAGACGGAGGAGUUCCACUUUGAAUACAGCGCCGACAUAAAGCGUCCACGUAUCUUCAACGAUAUGAUCACUCUGCUGCCGCGGUCUGACCACAUGAUCAAGCUCACAAUCAGUCAUGCCAUUGCCCAGAGCACGCGCUUGUGUUCCUUUGAGGAGCGUAUGAGUGAGACCAUGUUAGAUGCGCAGCAUAUUCCUAAGACGCUCGCUCUGACAGGAGAGCUCAACAUGACCCGCACUGAAAUUGUCCGUAUGCUUGGCAAGCUCUUCAAGAGCCGUGUCGAUAUCAAUCUUUCAUCUAACAUUCUCGAUGUUCCCAACUUCUUUUGGGAGUCUGAGCCAACUCUACAUCCCCUCUACGCCGCCAUUCGUGAAUAUCUUGAGAUCGACCCUCGUAUCAAGGUUCUCAACGAGCGAUGCCGUGUCUUCCUUGAUCUUGCUGAAAUUCUCUCCGAUUCCGUGGCCGACACAAAGAUGAGUUACAUUACAUGGAUUAUCAUCAUUCUCAUCAUAGUGAGUAUCAUGGUCACUGUAACAGAAGUGGGCAUCCGUUUCGGCAUGCUCAGCAAGGCCAAGGGCACAAGUAUCAACCGUGUCGUUACGGCGCCUGUGCUAGGUGACAGCUUGGAUAGACCUGCGCUCCCGCCCAGUGAUCUCGAAGUACUGGCGGAGACGCUGGGACUACAAGCCAAUGCAUCAUUUGACGAUAUUCGGCAGGGUAUCUGGGCCCUUCAGAAAAAAAAGAUCCCUGAUGCUGCGAUCAUGCGCACUUCGUCAUAUGAGGAUAUUUGA